UCAUUCCAAAUAAUAAUAUUAAAUAAUUAUUUGUUAAAUUCUAAAGAUUACCGAUAACAAAUGCAUUGCAAAAAUCUGCUAAUACUCAAAUCUAAUAUUUUGACGAGAUGACAGGUAAUUAACUACCUUAUUUUUAUGAAAGAAGACAUGACUUUGGAGGCGUAACCUUUGAAUUUGAUUAUCUUCUGAGAAAUCUCUGGUUUAGUCGGCAAACCACAAAAAUCCAAAAGUCACCCUGAUUCUGAAAAAAAGAAUAAGAUGAUGGGUUUUUAUCAGAUAGCAUUGGGAGGUGGAGGAGUUCAUGGAGUUGGUGUUUCAAUGGCCAAAUCUUGCCUCAUGAACGCAGAGCAACCCACAGUUCCUGAUCUCUCUACUGAACGUUCCAUUUUAGGAAGUGGGUCCUCCUUUUCUCGCCGCCGCGACCUUGUUUUCAUCGUUAAUCCUCGAGGUGCAAAUGGCAGGACAGGGAAGGAAUGGAAAAAGCUGCUUCCAUAUCUAAGGUCUCGACUCGGUUCAAAUUGUAAUAUAAGUGAAUCAUUGACUUCAGGCCCUUCUCAUGCAAUUGACAUAACAAGAGAGGCUAUUAGAGAAGGUGCAGAUGCUGUUAUCGCAGUUGGAGGAGAUGGAACUCUUCAUGAGGUUGUUAAUGGAUUCUUCUGGGCUGGAAAAGCUGUCACUAAUCAUGACAGAGAAGCCACACAUUCAACUGCACUUGGUCUGAUUCCCUUAGGAACAGGUUCUGAUUUUGCCAGAACACUUAGCUGGCCAAACAAUCCUGCUGAGGCCAUUGAACGAAUAUAUAGAGGACACAGGUCACGAAUAGAUAUUGGUGUCAUUGAUGGAGAAAAAGGAGAAUCCCAUUACUUCUUGAAUGUUGCUGAUAUUCAUUUGAGUGCAAAAGCAGGAUUUUUUGCCUCAAGAUACAAGAAAUUUGGAAACUUGUGCUAUGUUAUUGGUGCUUUGCAAGCCUUUAUUGGGCACCGUAAUCAGGACCUCAGAAUCAAGGUUAAUGAAGGUGAGUGGCAAACAUAUCCUCAAGUGACAGCCCUUUGCAUUGGUAAUGGAAAGUAUUUUGGUGGCGGCAUGAAAAUUACACCAAAUGCUGAUCCAUCUAGUGGUGAUUUUGAGGUAGUGAUUCUUCAAGAUUUUAAGUGGUAUGACUUUGUUCUCAAACUACAUAAGCUAUACAAUGGCACACAUUUAUCAGUAACAAACGUUUCUUCAAUAAGGGUGCACUCCAUCGAAGUGGAAGACAUUUCAGGAAGUGGAAGCAUAUUUGUUCAGUCGGAUGGAGAGCAUCUCGGGUUCCUGCCGAGGAAGUUUGGCAUAAUACCGGCUGCUAUCGAGAUGAUAUGCUGAGGUUAAAUUCAGAACUUGUAGUUUUUCAGUGCUGGCUUACACCCUAUGGAUGAGCAGUUUGGAAAAGACGUAAACAGAGAAAAAGCACCAUCGUUUGGGGUAGAAGAAGAUAUUGGAGGGUUUUAGGCUUCUUGGGAGGACUCUUGUGCAUAUUUAUUUGGGAAAAGGAAAGAGAUGUUGUCAUUUUUUUUUUCUUCUUCUUUUUGCUGAAGAGAAAAGAUUAUGAUCUUUAAGCAUUUCCUUCAGGUUUUGAACUAUAUGGUAGUGUCUCUUUCAUUUUUUUGUACGGCAUUUCUUUUUAACAAGAACAAAGGAAAAGGUAGACGAUUAUUCUUUAUUCAUUUUAUGAAAGGGAAUAGAGGAUUAUUCCAUUCAUUAGAA